AAACGAGGCCUUAACCAAACAGACCCUAGUUGAGUGAUGUGUCGAAACAAGGGUUUGUAAUUGGUUCGCACACGCCUCGACUUAUUUUCUCCUUCGCACUCUCUCUCUCAAGUCUCUGUCUUUUCUGCUCUCGAUCAGCUUCUUACAGAAACAAGAAGAUGCCUGCACAGAAGAUUGAAACAGGUCACAGUGACACCAUCCAUGAUGUAGUCAUGGAUUACUACGGGAAGCGUGUGGCAACAGCUUCAUCUGAUAGCACCAUCAAGAUAACUGGUGUAAGUAAUAGUGGUACUUCACAGCACCUGGCUACUUUGACCGGUCAUCAAGGUCCAGUUUGGCAGGCUGCUUGGGCUCAUCCCAAGUUUGGAUCCCUCCUGGCUUCUUGUUCAUAUGAUGGUAAAGUCAUACUCUGGAAAGAAGGUAACCCAAAUGAGUGGGUGCAGUUUCAUGUAUUCAGUGAACACAAAUCAUCUGUCAAUUCUAUUGCUUGGGCACCUCAUGAACUCGGCCUUUCCCUAGCCUGUGGAUCUUCUGAUGGGAAUAUCUCCGUCUUCACUGGCAGACCCGAUGGUGGUUGGGAUACAACCAGAAUUGAUCAAGCACACCCUGUUGGAGUAACUUCAGUUUCAUGGGCCCCUUCAAUGGCUCCUGGCGCUCUGGUUGGAUCGGGCUUGCUUGAUCCUGUCCAGAAGCUGGCGUCAGGUGGCUGUGACAAUACUGUGAAGGUGUGGAAGCUGUCCAAUGGGACUUGGAAGAUGGACUGCUUCCCUGCCCUUCAGAAGCAUAAUGAUUGGGUGAGAGAUGUAGCUUGGGCCCCCAACUUGGGGCUUCCAAAGUCUACAAUUGCAAGUGCAUCGCAGGAUGGUACAGUUGUCAUUUGGACUGUGGCGAAGGAAGGUGAUAAUUGGGAAGGUAUAGUGUUGCAUGACUUUAAGAUGCCUGUUUGGAGGGUCUCGUGGUCUUUGACCGGAAACUUGUUGGCUGUGGCAGCCGGGGACAACAAUGUCACCUUGUGGAAGGAAGCUGUUGAUGGAGAAUGGCAACAGGUGACAACUGUGGAUUAAUAGACUGUCAUAUGUCUCUGCUGAAGUUGCGAAAGCCUAGUUUAUUCUUCAGUACUAGUCCAUCUUAAAUUGAAUCUCUAAAGAUUACUGUAGUUGGGUUGAUUUCAUUAUCCAUUUGUGUUAUCUGGAAUGUGAAAAGUUAGAUUUUUUAUACCUUUAUAAUCAUAUAACACUUCCGGUUUUUGUUCCUGUA